AUGGCUUCGUCCUUGGCAGAGAUUGGUGUCAUCUCCAUCGGGGACAUGGGAAUGGGAAUUGCCAAAUUGUUAAUCGCGAAUGGCUUCGCAGUCGCGACCAACUGCAAAGCCCGCAGCAAUGACACAGUCGAGAGAGCAAAGAGCGCGCAAGUCGAGGUCCUCAAAUCAGACGAGGAUCUCGCAGAGGCAUGCAGCGUCAUUCUGUCGGUGGUGCCUCCGCGAGACGCAGUAGCAACCGCACAGCGAAUCAUCGACGCAGUCACCGGUCCGUUCCAGAGGAGCAGCCCUCUCUACUACGCAGAUCUCAAUGCGGUGGCGCCGUCGACCACCAAGUCAAUCGCAUCCAUGUUCGAGAAGUCACGGGCCCAGAUCCGCUUCAUUGACGGCGCCAUCAUCGGCGGGCCACCGGCACCGAAGGCUGACUCCUCCGAGUGGAAGGUCCCCAGCAUACCCACCUCGGGACCGCACAAGCUCUCUGACAUACCAGACUACGGCGAGAAGCUGUCGUCGAUCUUGAACGUGAGGCAUAUCUCCGCUGACGUGGGCGCGGCGAGCGGGCUGAAGAUGUGCUUCGCGAGCUUAAGCAAAGGCUUCACGGCACUGGCGAUCCAGUCGUUCACGACGGCGCAGCAGCUGGGCGUGCUCGACGAGCUCAAGGACGAGAUGCAGCACCUCAUUCCGGCACACUGGAAGGCUGGAGAGAACGGCGUCAUCAGCAUGGCCCCCAAAGCGUACCGAUGGGUCAAGGAGAUGGAGGAGAUCGCGCUGACGUUCGAAGAGGAGGGCGGGUUCUCGCAGGACUCGUUCCAGGGCGCCGCCAAGGUUUAUCGGGCCGCAGCUGAGGAUACCGUCCUGGGGCUGGAGAAGACCGGCAAGAGGAAGAGGGGUCUAGAUGUUGGCGAUAUGGCUGCGGCGAUGGCCGAGGGCAUGCUGACGAAGAGGAGGAAGAAUGAAUAG